GGCUUGGAAGUUUCAUCCCUUCGGGAGUUUUGGGCGUUCGGGUUUUUCCUCCUUUUUGCAGGGAGCGCGCUUCGAAACUCCAAGCCAUGGCCGUUCAUGCGUGGCCGGGCUGCGCAAGCGGCAGCGCUUGCCGAGCACCGGCUGCGGGAUGCCACAAAGCGGCUCCGGGAGCUGGGGAAGCAUGGCCGCUGGCAGGAAGCACUGUGGCAGCUGUGCGAGAUGCAGCGGCUGGGGUCGACUCCGAGUGUCGUUACUUACAAUGUUGUCAUCAAUGCCUGUGAUUCAACCCAUGCUGCUGCAUUGAUGGACGAGCUGCGGCACCAACGACUUCAGGCCGAUGCCGUCACCUAUGGCUCCGUCAUUGCGGCGCAUGGCCGCGAGCGUCAAUGGAGGGCUGCCUUGGCUACUUUGCAGGCCAUGUGGCACGAUAGUGUUCAGUGGGACCUAAAGUCUGCCGGCGCGGCGAUCAGUGCCUGCGGCAAGAGCACCUGCUGGGAGCAAGCCAUGGCACUGAUGGCGACUUUGGAAGGGACCAUGCAAGAGCCCGACGUCGUCAUCUACUCGGCUUCCAUCGACGCCUGCGCGCACGGCCGCCUCUGGCAGCUGGCGGUUCAGCUGUUGGCGCAGAUGCACAGGCGAGCUCUGCCGCAAACUUCGGCCAAUGUCGUCUCCUACGGUGCCGCGUUGCGGGCUUGUGAGGCUGAGUGGGUCGUGGCCUUGCAGCUCGUUGCAGAUAUGAUGCAGACACAGCUGUUGCCCGAUGUUGUGGCCUUCAACGCCGCGGCGGGAGCAUGUGAGUCGUCGUCAGCCUGGGAUGCUGUUUUGGGCCUGCUCGCUGGCAUGGCACGAGCGCGGGUGGCUAAGGAUGACGUCUCGGUGGCUUUGGCAGUUAAUGCUUGUGCCCGCGCGCGACGCUGGAAGACGGCUUUGGCCCUUUGCGCAAAGCCGGCCAGCGCAAUCACCUGCAGCGCCUUCAUUACGGCCUGCGGUUACGGCCGACGCUGGCAGCUGGCGCUUUCGACGCUCUCUGACAACGCGGUGGCGUCCCGGAGCGCGGUGUGCUGGAACGCCACCAUCAGUGCCUGCGAGUUUUGGCCACGGUCCUUGCUGUUGCAGGAACGCAUGGAAGAGCAGCGUCUGCUUGCUGAUGUCUUGGGCUACAACGCCACGCUGAGCACCCUGGAGAAGGGUGGCCAGUGGAGGCUUGCCUUGGAAAUCUUCCGAACAUUGGGGCAGCGCCUGCUGGGACCGGAUGCCAUCUCUUUCAAUUCCGUCAUCAGUGCUCUCGAGAAAGGCUUCCAAUGGCAGCUGGCCACGAAAAUGUUGACUGAGAUGCCCUUGGCGGACAUCCGGCCCUCAGCGAUUACCUUCAAUGCCACGAUCAGCGCGUGCGAGAAGGGAGAGAAGUGGGCCUUGUCCGUGGCCAUACUGGAGAACAUGGUCGAGGAGCAGGCCGUGCAGCCAGAUGUGGUGUCGCACAAUGCUGCCAUCGCAGCAUGUGAGAGCGCAGGGGAGUGGGAGAUGGCCCUGGCGAUUUGUGACCUGUUGCCACAGCGGAGCUUGUGCCCGACUGUGGUCACCUGCAACUCCUGCAUCAGCGCUUGCGAGAAAGGCCUUCAAUGGGAGCUCGCGCUGCGGCUGCUUGCAGGCUUGCCGACGCUGAAGCUUGUGGCGGAUGAGAUCAGCUACAGCGCGGCCGUUCUCGCAUGCACGAACUCCAGUAAAUGGGAGUCGGCCUUUGCUCUCUGGGACACCUGCUUGCAGCAAGGCAUCUCUCCCGGCAUUGACAGCCCGCUCCACUUCACGUUGCUCAUGCUCAGUGAGCAGCACGCGCUGCGCAGCCGCGAGCGCGAGCUGCUGUGUCGGCUGCCCAAGACGGGCUGGUCCGGCAGUACCCCGGUCCAGAACAUCUUGGCCUUCCACCUCGCAGUGGAGGGCCGGGCCGGUGUCUCUGUCAAAGCGGUGGGUGAGCA